AUGAUUUUGAACAGCACUACAGAGCCAUCCCUGGAGCUGCUGGAGUGUAACCACACCGAGGCCUGGGAGUGGGUCUACUCUAUACAGCCAGCCUACAUGUCUGUCAUCUGCAUUCUGGGUGUGCUUGGCAAUGCCUUCGUCCUUUGUGUGUUCUGUAUCCAGAUGGGGCCAUGCUCGGUGGCAGAUAUCUAUCUGGGGAACCUGGCUGCUGCUGAUUUUCUCAUGGUGUGCUGCCUCCCUUUCUGGGUCACAACUGUCGUUCACAAGUUCAACUGGUCAUUUGGGAAGCCCAUGUGCCAGCUGGUCAACUUGAUCAUCGGUAUGAAUUACUACUGCAGUGUGCUGUUUCUUACGCUGGUCAGCCUGGAUCGUUACCUAGUGCUGGCCAGGCCCAUGUCCAUGGGCAGGCGAAGAGGCUCCACCCAGGCCAAGGCCAUUUGCAUGGUGAUCUGGCUUGCAGGAUUCUUGCUCAGUCUUCCUGCCUUGCUCUUUCGCUCAGUGCAGUUUUUCCCUGAUCUUGAGGCAGAGGCAUGCUACCUGGCUUACCCUCACGACGGCUGGAGGCUGCGCUUCAACAUGACGGUCAAUGUGGUGGGCUUCCUUAUUCCUGUGCCACUGGUGUGCUACUGCAGUUACCACAUCAUUGCAGUACUUGGGAACAAACAGGUGAGGAGGUGUUCGGCUGUAAAUACGGAGAGAAAGGCUGCAGUCCUGGUGCUUGUCGUCCUUUUCGUUUUCAUCCUCUGCUGGAUGCCUUUUCAAAUUUUUAUGUUCCUGGACACCCUUUAUUAUUUUAAUGUUAUCUCUGGCUGUCCCUGGAUAAAUUGUCUGGACAUAGGCACCCAGCUAUCUACCUACCUUGGUUAUAGCAACAGUUCUCUCAAUCCCUUCCUAUACGUGAUAGUAGGAAAGCACUUUAGGCAAAGGGCUAAAGGAAUUCUUGUCGAGAUUAUGAACUGUGGGGGUCGAGGUAUCUCUUCUGCUUACAAAAUCAACUCAAGCAUGAGAUACACAGAGUCCACCAGAAUGGAUGAAGUGAAGCCUGUAUCUGCGGCAUCAUUCCAACUCCAAAAUACCACAGAUUCUCCUUCACUUUCUAUGACAUUCAACUCAUCAGACUGGUAUCUUGUUUAUGCCAUCGUACCACCAUACAUCUUUAUCCUGUGCUUAACUGGGAUUUUAGGCAAUGCUUUUGUUUUAUUAGUGUUCUUCCUACAGAGGAGCCACUGGACUAUACCUGAGAUUUACCUGGGCAACCUUGCUCUUGCUGACCUUAUCCUGUUGGCUGGUCUGCCAUUCUGGGCCAUGAACAUCCUCAAUUACUUCUACUGGUCUUAUGGAGAGUUUCUAUGUAAGGUGGUCAACCUCUCCAUCAUUGUCAACAUGUACACUAGCAUUUACAUGCUGGUGAUGGUGAACGUGGACCGCUAUCUUGCUCUGGUGCUGACAAUGAAAGCCAGAUGGUUGAGAAGGAGACGUAACGCCAAAGCUGUUUGCUUUUGUCUCUGGGUGUUUGGACUGGCCAUGGGCAUACCCACUGCGACUUACCGGACAGUGCAGAAUUCCCCAGCCUUUGAGCAUGCAGCCUGCAUUAUCAUCUACCCUUUAGAGUCCUUGAAGGUGGCCCACAGCCUCCAGCUGAACCUGCUGGGCUUUGCCCUGCCUCUUCUGGCUAUUGUCUUCUGUAGCUGUAAUAUUGUGCGAGCCUUGCACAAAAGAAGGCAAAAUGUGGACAUACAGGAUAGAAAUGACCGGAAAGCCACGGUGUUGGUUUGUGCCGUGACCCUGCUGUUCCUCCUUUGUUGGGGUCCGUUCCACAUUAUAACCUUCCUGGAUACGCUUUGUGAUCUCCACGUCUUGGACAUGAUGAGGUGGUACCACGCCUUAGACAUCGGAUCCCAGUUUUCCACCUACUUAGCAUUCCUGAACAGCUGCCUUAACCCAUUGCUGUACGUAUGCACAGGCCACUACUUCAGGAGGAAAGUCAGCGAAAUCUAUAAGCGGAGAAGAAGCUCGGUUGGAUCUGUGGUCACUGCCCUGCAGCGCUCAGUUGUGUCAACCUAUGUCCAAAGGACUGAUCAAAUCAAACCAGUCGUACUAUCCUUUACAGCCAAAAUGGCCUUGAAUGAAUCCAUGAACAAGACUAAUUCUCAAUGUACAUUUAAUGACACAGUGGAUGCCUACAUGUAUCCUACUGCCUACUCUUUGUUUUUUAUCCUUGGACUUCCUGGUAACUGUUUGUCCUUGUAUGUAGCCUGGGUGCUAAUGCGGCGCGGGAAUAGUCUGGCAGUGUAUUUGGUCAACCUGUCCAUAUCUGAUCUGCUCUACACCAUCAGCCUGCCUGUAUGGAUCAUGCUAGCUAUGAAGCAUCCAGUGGACGACACCCUCUGCAGCCUCAUCAAUGUGAUCAUGUACAACAGCUUCUAUGUGGGUUCGGGCCUGCUGAGCUGUAUCUCCAUGGACCGGUACCUUGCUGUGGUCUUUCCUCUGUACUUUGACACAGCACACAAGGUGCAAACAGCAGUUUUCGUGAGUAUCUUAGUAUGGCUGGUUGAGAUCUCUUUGCACGCUGGCCUUCUGGCGUACACGGGAGACCUGCAGCAUUUCUCACCUGCUCGACUGUGUGAUGUAAAGCAAUCCAUGACUAUACAUCAUGCUCACAUGGCUAUAAUUCGAGUGGUGCUGGGAUUUCUCGUCCCUCUGCUGCUGAUGGCCUUCUGUUUCCAGCAGAUAAUUAUGUCUCUCCAUGCAAGCGUUUCCACCGUGGCCAGCGAGCGCAGGAAGAUCCGCAACCUGCUCCUGCUUCUCCUCCUCGUCUACAUGGUGUCUUUCGCCCCUUUCCAGGUCGUCAUGUUCCUCAGGGGCCUGUUGGAGCCUGAGAACUGCAGCACUGCCAGACAACUCAGAGACUACUACAUGGUGUUUGUUGCAACCACAACAAUUAACAGUGUGGCAGACCCAGUUGUUUACUGCUUGAUGAGCGAGAGUGCCAAGACGGAGAUAAAAAGGAUUUAUACAAACUGUGUGAAUCAAUUCAGCAAAGUCACUUCCAUGAUGAAAUCUUCCUCCACCUCCUCAUCCUCUACUGCCUAACAGCAAGUCAAAUUAUUUACAUAGGUUUAUUUUAUAGGUUUGACUGUGACACACAUUAUUUCAUUUAUUGUAACAUAUUUUUUAAGUAGUGUAAGUAGUGCUUUUUUUUUAAAUCUCCUCUUUAAAAAAUUCCUUAUUUUUGGACUGAAGGAAUGAAAAUCUCAUUUCUAUGAUGCCGUUGUCAACAUUUCUAAGAAUGAAACCUCUCAGCAGUAAGACAGCUUCUUUGCUUUUUUCAACCUUUUUUUCAGAAGCUUUUUGUUUCUGCAUAUCUUUAGAUGUACUUGUUCUGUUUAUAAAAUUUUCUGUGUCCUUAA